UUGUGCUGUGUGUGUCUUGGCGUUCUCGCUCCGUUGCUCUCGCGUCUGUGUACAAAUCUAUCGGGGCAAGUUUAGUGUGGUUUGAGGAAGGCUGUGUUUAUCGCAAUUUAGAGGAAGACGUCGUAGACGAUCGGAGGACCGUGCAAGGCACUCCAGGUCGGCAGCCAUGAUGGAAAUGGAAGAAGGCGAGGAGGUGAAACCGGUGAAGAAGGAGGCUACUACGCCCGCUACGUCGGGUGCCGGAGGAGGAGGAGGCGGGGGUGGAUGGGGCUGGGGAGCCUGGAAAUCUUCCGCUUUCUCCGUCUUGAACGAGAUCCAGCAGGCAGCGGCCGAGGCUGCUGAAGAGAUUCAGAGAAAUGCAGCAGCAGCUAAGGAACUUGCAGCGAAAGGUAUUGCAGACCUUCAGCAUACUGUAACGGAUGCAGUGCAGGUGGUGGAUGAUGAGGAGGUGGAUGCUCUGAAGGAUGAGAACAAGGAGUUAGAGAGUGCUGACCCUAAGGAAAGCAGUGAGGAAGAUGCUCGACGCAAAGCUGCCUUAACGAAAUUGGAGAAUGCGAGUCAAGACUCUUUCCUUGGACAGGGUCUAAAAGUACUGGAUGACUCGGUUGAUAACCUGACUACGGGUGCAUGGCAAGCGCUAGGAAAUGCAUGGAAAGAAAGUGUCAAUCUGGUGCACAAGUUGGAGAAUACGACCUUACACCAAGGCGGAGUUCUUCCACCAAAUCUCCUCCAGAGUGGCAAAGAACUUACAGUGAAGGGCAUACGCGCCUUGGAGUAUGUUGGUAGGGAGACUCUGGACAUUUUGGCUUCUGAAACUGGGUUUGAACUUGAGACUGACGAGAAGGAUUCCGAAGAAAAGGUCCCUGGAGUAGUGGAGAACUAUACAGAGGACGUUACUUUUGACCGCUGCUUUUAUAUAUAUGGUGGACCAGAACAUUUGCAGGAGCUGGAGGAGUUAUCCAAUCAUUAUACUUUACUGUGUAACCGAGCCAAAGCAAAGCUAUCAGGCGAGGAAAGAGCCGCUUUUGAGUCGCAGUUGAAGCAACUCCAACAAGCAUUAUCAUUUAAUGGGGACAUAGAGACAGAAUCACCAGACUCUGGCAAGGGCAAGAAAGUCGCUGGUGCUGCUCACAACGGAAGUGAAAUUAAGGCUCUUCGUGAGUCAAGUGUCAGCCAAGCUGCAGAGAUGGCCACUGGUUUUGCAGCAACACUCAGCGGGUUGGCAAAGUUAGAGGUCGUGCAGAAAACAAAUGACCGGCUAGAAGCAAUCAAGGCAGAUAGUAUUCAUAGACUCUCAGAGCUGUGCACGCUAUGCAUUGGGCAUUUGCUAAUGCUUGGGAAACUAGUUCUUACUCGAGAGAAAGAGGAAGAGGGCAUGGAAUGGCCUGAUGACUGUGUGGCUAGGGGCCAGUUGAUUGCGGCAAGAGCGCAGGCUAUGAUAGCGGACAUAGAGGCUGUGUCUGACAGCUUUGCCACAGCUGUUGGAGAUGUAACAGCCGCAUUUCAAGAUGCUAUGAAGAGUGAGAUCCACAUCACCAAGGAAGGUGAGGAAGAAGAUGUAAGACUAGGGUUGCAGAAAGGAGGCUCUACUGAGGUUCGAGCCCAAGCUUUGAACAGUGACGUACAAGAAGUUGCAAGUAUUGCGGUUGAGAAAGUCCAUGAUGGCCUCCAGUUUCUCACAUAUGUAGUUCUCUCCACUUGCCUCAAAAAGUAAAUUGCAGGUGGAACCUCUACCUCAGCAACUCUUUGUCCGUGUAUUAUUCUUUAUCAAUUCAAGGGAAUUGAAUUAAAAUCAAGUGCACAGAACUGGGUAUUAUUGUAGGAUUGUGCCAUUUACUUUUUAACCUUUCUCCUGUUUUUUUAAACAGCUGUAUGUUACAAACUCCUGUCCUCUGUAAUUAUGUUAAUUCAAUUGGUCAUUGUGCCUUAUGCUGUA